UAUAUACGAUAUUGUAGUAACAGACUGUAUCGUAUUGUAUGGUCCGAAACCAAUGGCCAAGAUAGCUGCUGCUGCUGCUGCUGCUAGCGGUGUCGGAAUCCCUCUCACCCACCACCGCCGCCCUGUAGCCGCCACUUGCUCGACUCCUGCUUCUACCACUCUGCCGUCCUCUUUCAGACCGAGUCACCAUCGCUUAACUCGCUGCUUCAACUCACCUCGUUUCUUUCACCACCGUGUCUCCACACGUGUCACAGCCUCUUCUUCAUCUGCAUCUCCAGAUCAAGGAAUCGAGAAUGUGGUGAUCAUAGGUUCGGGCCCUGCUGGAUACACUGCAGCUAUUUAUGCAGCUCGAGCCAAUUUGAAGCCCAUAGUGUUUGAAGGGUAUCAGAUAGGAGGUGUUCCUGGGGGACAAUUGAUGACCACUACCGAAGUAGAGAAUUUUCCAGGCUUUCCGGAGGGAAUAACUGGCCCUGACUUGAUGGAUGGGAUGCGAAAGCAAGCUGAACGUUGGGGUGCAGAAUUGUUUCAAGAAGAUGUUGAAUUCCUUGAUGUCAAGACUAGACCUUUUACAGUACAAAGCAGUGAACGUAAGGUAAAGUGUCAUAGCGUAAUUUAUGCCACUGGAGCCACAGCAAGAAGGCUCAACUUACCUCGUGAAGAAGAGUUCUGGAGUCGAGGAAUCAGUGCAUGUGCUAUUUGUGAUGGUGCAUCACCGCUAUUUAAGGGACAAGUUCUUGCUGUGGUUGGAGGGGGUGAUACAGCUACAGAGGAAGCAUUAUACUUGACUAAAUAUGCCCGCCAUGUACACUUGCUUGUACGCAAGGACCAACUAAGGGCAUCCAGAGCUAUGCAAGAUAGAGUUUUCAACAAUCCAAAUGUCACGGUGCACUUCAAUACGGAGACUGUGGACGUUGUCAGCAAUACAAAAGGACAAAUGUCUGGCAUUUUAGUUAAAAAAGCAGAUACAGCUGAGAACUCAGUGUUGGAGGCUAAAGGCUUAUUUUACGGGAUAGGGCAUUCACCAAAUAGCCAGUUGUUAGAAGGACAAGUUGAUCUUGACACAUCAGGGUAUGUAUUAGUUGAGGAGGGUACUGCAAAAACUUCAGUCGAAGGUGUUUUUGCAGCUGGAGAUGUACAGGAUCACGAGUGGAGACAAGCCAUAACUGCAGCAGGUUCAGGAUGUAUUGCUGCUUUAUCAGUGGAGAGAUAUCUUGCAAGCAAUAACCUCCUUGUUGAAUUCCACCAGCCACAAACUGAAGAGGUUAAGAAGGAACUUACAACUAGAGAUGUACUAGAGCAUUUUGAUAUUUCACUUACCAAGCACAAGGGCCAGUAUGCUCUGAGAAAAUUAUACCAUGAAAGUCCAAGGCUUAUCUGUGUUCUAUAUACAUCACCAACAUGUGGUCCCUGUAGGACCUUGAAGCCGAUUCUUAGCAAGGUCAUAGACGAGUAUGAUGAAAAUGUUCAUUUUGUUGAAAUUGAUAUUGAAGAAGAUCCUGAAGUUGCUGAAGCAGCUGGAAUUAUGGGUACACCAUGUGUACAAUUUUUUAAGAAUAAGGAAAUGAUCAGGACUGUAUCGGGGGUCAAAAUGAAGAGAGAGUACAGGGAGUUCAUUGCAUCAAAUAAGUGAGUCACCAUUAAAUUUUUUCCCUGUAUCGGGAUGGAGUGUCGUUCUUGGCUGGUGCUGUGAUUUUUUGUGAUUCACAUUUUCUUACUGUAGAUAGGCUAGUUGAUUUGAAUAAUGCCUUGUACUUUUACAGCUAUCUCUUAUAUAGAGGGAUAACUUCUCAAUUGUAAUGUUAAACUGUUGUGUAGUUUUGAAAUUAUUUUCACUCCUUGAGCCUA